AUGCAAAUUUCUGAGGAGCCCUAUUAUUGUCACGAGCAAAUUGAAAUUCCACCGCUUUUGCCUGAUAUUCUAAAGCAGUUCACUAAGGCGGCUAUUCGAACGCAACCAAAGGACCCCCUUGUAUGGUCAUACGAGUACUUUAAGGCACUUGCACAUAACGAGGUCCCACCGGUUAAAGAGCGUCUAGAAAUGGCCAUUUCUUCGCAAAAAACUGACACAGGACUGACGCUCGGUCUUUUAAAGAUAUUGCACAACCAGCUUGGUGGCUUUCAACGUGUGAAUUUGUGUAAAAUUGAGGAGAAAUGGCUUGCAUUAGCACUGCCUUUAGAACGUCUUCAAGAAAUUUGGCGCAUCGGUAACUUCGGUGAUGAUGCUCGUUGGCUUCAUUUUUUUGCCCUAGCGGCCACUCAGGUUGCUCCUACUUUGGCAACCACAAUGAAACUACUUUGUGAAUUAUUAACUUCCGAUCCAGAGGGUGGUCAUGCGCGGAUUUCGUUCGAACUUUUUAGCGACCUCUACAGAUACCUCGCACAGAUUGAUGGGAAUGUCCCACUGGCGCACCAGGAACAGAUUCUCACCUACCUUGCUUUUGAUGUGCCCCUCAAGGUUCCACAUUGCUUGGGUAACCAAAAAUUGAUCGACUGUUAA